AUGGGGCCAGGAACCCUCAAUGACUCAAGAACCCCCGAGUUCCUGCUGCUGGGACUGUGGGCCCCACCUUCCCUGCGUCCCUUGCUGUGGGCCUCUCUUCUCCUGGCCUACCUCGCCACGGUGUUGGGUAACGGUGCCCUGGUGGGACUCAUAGCCCUGGACAGACGACUACACCGGCCCAUGUACCGCCUGCUGACCCACCUGGCCCUGCUGGACACGGCCUAUGUGAGCACCACGCUGCCGCAGGCGCUGGCACACAUGGCCAUGCAGCGUGCCCGCCUCUCCCUGGCGCGCUGUGGGGCCCAGCUGUAUGUGGGCAUCUCCCUGGGCAGCUGCGAGGCCAUCCUCCUGGCCGCCAUGGCCCUGGACCGCUGUCUGGCCGUGUGCAGACCCCUGCAUUAUGCGACGCUGGUGACCACGCCCCGUUGCGCAGCGCUGGCUGGAGCAUCCUGGACGCUGGGCUUUGGACUGUCUGUGCCCAAUGCGGUGGCCGCACUGCGCCUGCCCUUCUGUCCCGGGAGGCCUGCGGUGGACCACUUCUUCUGUGAGCUUCCUGCGGUGCUGAGGACAGCGUGUGCGGACACCACAGCCAACUACAGGCUGGUCUACGGCCUGGGCGUGCCCAUCCUCCUGGUGCCCUUGGCCUUCAUCCUAGCCUCCUACGCCUGGAUUCUGGCUGCGGUGAGCAGGUUGCCCUCGGCUGGGAGUCGCCGAAAGGCCCUGUCUACCUGUAGCUCACAUUUGGCGGUGGUCGGGCUCUUCUAUGGAACCGUGAGCGCCAUGUACCUGCGGCCCCGAGCCUCUAGUGCUCUCCCCGCCAGACAUCAUAAGCUGGUGGCCGUUUUCUACCUGGUGAUCACACCUGUUCUCAAUCCACUCAUCUACAGCCUUCGAAACCGUGAGGUCCACGCGGCAGCCCAGUAUGCCCUGGCCCGACUCCGGGGCGGGAGCACUGUGCUGGGCUAAAGCUACUCGU